AGUUACGGAGACUCUCAACAUUAAGCACAGAGUUGCUGCUGUCUGUGUGAAAAUGAGCAGCAGUGGCACCCGACGCAGGGCUGCAUCAGUGCCAGACACAGACACCGACGACGGAGAACCAGCAGUGACCUUGAAGAAAGAGAUCGGACUCCUCAGUGCAUGUGGCAUUAUUGUGGGUAACAUUAUUGGGUCUGGGAUCUUUGUAAGUCCAAAGGGUGUUUUGGAAAAUUGCAGCUCAGUGGGUCUGGCUCUCAUAGUGUGGACUCUCACUGGCGUCAUCACUGCCAUCAGUGCUCUGUGCUAUGCUGAACUGGGAGUCACAAUCCCAAAGUCAGGUGGAGACUAUUCCUAUGUUAAGGACAUCUUUGGAGGGCUAGCUGGGUUUCUAAGGCUGUGGAUUGCAGUGUUGGUGAUCUAUCCAACUAACCAGGCUGUGAUUGCCCUCACAUUUGCCAAUUACGCAUUGCAGCCUCUCUUCCCUUCCUGCUUCCCUCCAGAGAGAGCGCUGGGUCUGCUCGCCGCCGUCUGCCUGUUGCUGUUAACUUGGAUAAACUGCUUCAGUGUCCGCUGGGCGACUCGUGUACAGGAUGUGUUCACCACAGGCAAACUCCUCGCCCUCUGCCUCAUCAUCAUCAUGGGCGUUGUGCAGAUCUGCAAGGGUCAUUUUUAUUGGUUGGAGCCAGAACAUGCAUUUCAUCCUCUCCAGCCCUAUGACAUGGGCCGCAUUGCACUGGCUUUCCUUCAGGGCUCCUUCGCUUAUGCAGGCUGGAACUUUCUUAAUUAUGUAACAGAAGAGCUCAUUGACCCCUACAGGAACCUGCCUCGUGCAAUUUUCAUCUCAAUCCCUCUGGUCACUUUUGUCUAUGUAUUUGCGAAUAUUGCAUAUGUUACAGCUAUGAGCCCUCAGGAGCUGAUGGCCUCCAAUGCUGUUGCUGUGACAUUUGGUGAAAAGCUGCUUGGGGUGAUGUCAUGGAUCAUGCCCAUCUCUGUGGCUCUGUCCACCUUCGGAGGGGUUAAUGGGUCCCUUUUCACAUCAUCCAGGUUAUUCUUUGCAGGUGCGAGAGAAGGACAUCUUCCCCGUCUGUUGGCAAUGAUUCAUGUGAACCGCUGUACACCCAUCCCAGCUUUGCUUUUCACUUGUAUAUCAACUCUGCUGAUGUUGUGCACCAGUGACAUAUACACCCUUAUCAACUAUGUUGGCUUCAUCAACUACCUGUUUUAUGGGGUCACUGUUGCCGGGCAGAUUGUGCUUCGUGUCAAAGAACCAGACUUACAUCGACCAAUCAAGGUGAGCUUGGCGUGGCCAGUAAUUUUCCUGAUUUUCUGGGCAUUCCUGCUGAUCUUCUCUCUGUACUCGGAGCCUGUGGUGUGUUGCAUUGGUCUGGCCAUUAUGUUGUCAGGUGUUCCUGUGUAUUUAUUUGGCGUCUAUUGGGAAAACAAGCCCAAGAGCUUCAACUCCUUUGUUGCUAAACUGACACACUUGGGACAGAAGUUGUUCAUGGUGGUAUAUCCCGCUGAAGGCAGUGAAGACGGGAAUGAAGACAAAGACGAAUCUGGAUAGGAUUACAAGAAGUACAUUUACUGAGUCAUUCAUGGAUAUUCAUUCAUCAGCUAAACUUAAGCAAUAUGAAUUUGGUAGGUUAUGAAAAUGCAAAACAAACAUGCGUGUGGAGGAUAAUGUAAUAGCUAAAAAAAGUAUUUUUCAUUUGAAAGACUGGCCUUAAACAUUCUAGAUGCAAUACUGCCACCAAUUGGCAAGAUUAUUAGAUGCAAUAUAAAUAUUGUUGCUGUGACUGUUACGGAUCAUUUUUUUAUUUUUAUAUUGAGCAUACUAUUGUACUCUCUUCAUCAGUCUCUGGUGUUUGUAUUCACUACAUUUUAUACUCUAUUGUAAGAAGAUUGAAUAAUAUUGGAGAUAAUGUUUUGCAUUUUUGUGUGUGCAAGUGUUUCAUUUGUAUUCGCUUUUCAGACUUCAGACUUGAAAAUAAAUAAUGACCCAAAACACAAACAACAGAAAGAAAGAAAGAAAGAUGUCUGUGUGUUAUUUACCAGCAUGGAAUCUUGCCAGCAUGGAAAUGUCUGUAAUUUAGGAGUAAAUGGGAACAAUGGCUUGCUGUGUUAUAUAACCCACAUCCUACACCCUGCU